UUGAAUUCAUUUUCAUUUCUGCCGUCAUAAGUGCUGCAUCGCGGAAGAGCAUCCUCCACCGUUCAUCAAAAAAACAAAAAAAGAAAUUCCUUAGUUCUCUGUUGCCUGCUGGCUUUUCCGGAAAGGGAAAUCCUUUCCCUACGGCGCCAAAUAGCGAAAUAAUAAAUUGUCGGCUCUUUUUGUUAACCUAGGAAGCACAUAGAAAAAUCUGUCGCUAACAUUUCAGUUCGGUGUUCAAAUCGCUCAAGUGAAUACCUUUGCUUUUGCGCGAAAAAUCGAUAAUAAAAAGGAACCAACGGGUGGCCAAAAUCGGGAGACGUCUCCGUCGCCGUCGAAGCACUUAGCAACAAGGCACGAAUUUUCCUAUCAUAUAGGACAAACUAGACCAAAUAUAUCUAGGCAAUAGUGUAAUUUAACACAACUUACAAAAUAACGCGUACUUUUAGUUGUAACUGGUGUACGAAAAAAAACCGGAACCGUUUCGUCUCUCGUCAGUGCGAAAACAAAAAAAUGUUCCUGCUAGGGGCCGACGACUGAAAGGUCGGGAAAACACAAUUCCCCUCCUCAGUGAAUUAAAAAAAAUACGAUAGCUUAAAUUUUUCGUCAAUCCGAUACGCGCUUAAGUAGGGAGAAUAUAAUAACUAAUCACAUAACGGUUGUGGAAGUUGCACAAAUUCGAACAUCCCACAAAGAAAAGCUAACUCAUACGACCAAAACGGCUACGUCGGGUGCAAACUGCAAUAUUUUAGCAUCAGCCGUCACGCCACAGACAAAUCCAAUGAAACCAAGUUUUAAAAACGGAAAAUUCGCAACAUCAAUCUAUGAAAAAUGUCUUUGCCAAAAGAGUGGAAUCUCCAGGCAUCGCAGGUCUGUCUCGAUAAACCUGCUCGACCUCAGAGUCUCAUAUCUGACGAUAUUGAGAUACAGCAGAAGUAUGAGAACAAGUUCCUUCAUGCCAUCUAUCAUCCGUCGAUUCCUGACCACUGCCGGGCACCGCUUAACGCAGCUUUGCUGGCCGAAUGCGACAACAGUGGUUCACUGUUCUCCAUCCAGUCAGCUCCGGUCGCGGCAACAGUCGGUAGCGUUGGCAUCGGAGGCGCUGGAGAACCGGAUGCCCUGCUGCCAGUGGAUCCAAUGGGACUGGAUGCCUUUCUGGACCGCCAGCAGCGAGAUUCCUACCCUGGGGCGGGUUGCAACAUCGGCCCGCUCGGCAACGCUGGUCCCAAGGAGGACCACAAAGAUACCCUACUACGCCCUUCGUCUCUGGCGGUCGAUACGUGUUUUCAUACAAGUAAACCCCAACACGUUGAAGCGCAACUUUCUACAGAACUGGACGAAGACGACAAUGAAAAUCUGUUGACUGUCUCAAGCCUAACUGCUAGACCACUGAUUGCAAAGUCUCGUGAGAUUAGAAGCAAAAAAGAAAAGCUUCAACUGAGACGUCGUAAGGUGACCUGCGCCGAAACAAGCAGCGAGGACGAUGACGACAGUCCACCGGACGGUGGCUACGGAUGGAUCAUCGUGUUUGGAGCCUUCUCGGUGCAGUUUUGGGUGGCCGGUCUGGUCAAAUCAUACGGUGUGUUGUACGUGGAAAUUAUGGAAAGCUUUCCAAACUCGUCGGCAACCACGGCCUCGUGGAUACCGGCCAUCUUGUCUGCUUUAUGCUUAGCUUUAGCCCCGGUGUCUAGCGCUCUGUGUCAACGCUUUUCCUGUCGUAUUGUUGUUAUCAUUGGUGGUGUCUUCUGUGGGCUCGGGCUCACGUUGAGCUAUUUCGCCACCAGUAUGUAUCACUUGCUGUUUACCUUUGGAAUAUUAACCGGGAUCGGAGGGGGAUUAUCCACCACACCCGGUAUCGUUAUCGUAUCGCAGUACUUUGAAAAGCGACGUGCCCUUGCCAAUGGGAUCACGAUUUCCGGUACUGCCGCUGGAAGCUUUAUAUUUCCCACUAUGAUCGAGCGAUUAAUUUAUUCGUUCGGGUUUCACGGAACAUUACUGAUUCUCGGCGGUUGCAUGCUGCACGUGUGUGUCUCCGGAGCGCUCUAUCGGCCGGUUGAUGAAUAUGCUCAGAAGAAACCCAUCCAAUCCUUGAAGGAAAACGCGUCGUACUCUUCGCGUUUUGACUACAAAGAGAAUCUGGGCCAUCUUAGCUCAUCUGAAGACCACCUGAGCCGACGCUGCUUGGAGGACCUGUUCCUGGAUGACGCUAUCCGUGACAAGAAUCGUAACAGUCUCAAUCUUGAUAACAAAUUCGUGAACGUAACGGAGAAAACGCUCCAAGAAAGCGAAGACGAACUGAAAGACAUUAUCUCGAAUGCGAUCUUUCUGAAACCGAUCGCGUCGAUCAAAAGCUGUAGCAUACUGCACUCGGUCGAAGAUCUUAGCACCGAUUCCACCUGCGUAUAUAAAAACCGCGCUAGCGGCUACGAUUCGCACCGCAACAGCAAACGCGUCAAGCAGGUUAUGCAGCAGCAGCAACAACAGCAGCCACAGAAUAACACUCUACCACCUAAAACGGAACCACCACCGCAACUGCAGGGACUACUGGAGCUGGGCAGCGACCUUGCUGAGAAUAAGCCCCCUUUGGACAACCCAACUGUACCACCCUCUGGUUUGGGGAGCAGCAACAACAAUAAUAGUUCAUCGCUUUCGCAAAAUAACAACCGAGGCUUGAGCAAAAGUAUGAUAAUACCAACGCCCGUAGGAGAUUUGUCAAACAUAUUUGAUGAGGAUUACGUCGAAUACAGCCGGGGACUACUGGAGAAGAUUAGUCGGUACCUGGACAUAUCACUACUACAAGAAAUCACGUUCAUUCUCAUGUGCCUGUCCGUGACCCUGAUGUCGGUCGGAUGUCCAUACAUGCUGUACUACCUGCCGGCCUAUGCAAUUUCAGCAGGUUAUGCAAAAUCUGAGGCGGGAUACCUGGUAGCGGUUAGUGCAGCACUCGACUUAGUUGGACGAUUGGCCCUGGGAUGGCUGUCUGAUCUGGAUUUGUUUGAUCGCAAGAAGGCUUAUAUUGUUAGUAUUCUGGGAGCCGGUACGGCCGUGCUUACAAUUGCCACGACGAAAGCGUGGUUCGUAAUCGUGUGCUGUGCCGGAUGCUAUGGACUGUGCCUGGGAAGCUGGUACCUGUUGGUGCCGGUGCUGCUGGCCGAUCUGUUUGGAACCGACCGAAUCAGUUCCAGCUACGGGCUGGUGCGGAUGUUUCAAAGUGUUGGUGCUAUCUCGGUGCCACCAUUAGCAGGUCUCCUGCGGGACUUGUCCGGUGGCUACGAGAUCUGUUUCUACUGCAUGGGUGUGUGCAUGGUACUCGGGAGUGUGCCGUUGCUCGUGGUCAUUGUGAAGGACACACUAGCGCUUAGUGACAAAAAGCUGACCAUGGAUCGUGUGGCUUAGGGAGGAAGAGUGGGAGAAAGGGACAACGAGGGAUCACCGACAAUACUACGUAAGCUAUACUAUCGGCAUGUCGGUUUGUAUUAUGAUGUGAAUGAUUUUCACUUCCUAGUAUUAACACUAGUGUUGUAUGAAGUGACAGAAACUAUUGGAUUUUUUAUAUGUAUCUGCAACAAAACGGUAUUAUUACAACCAAAGUACGUGUAAGCGCAAGUGACGCGAACCUGAAUAAAGGUAGCACCUAACUUGUAAGUGAAUAUUUUAAGAAACAUAAAGAAAAUAAAAGACUAGCGACGAUUCAACGCAA